AUUCUGAAAGUGGUCCAGGAAAAAAUAAAAAAAAAAUGGAAUGAAAAUGAAGAUGAGAAGCUUGUUGCAGCCAUGCUUGAUGUUCUAAAUUCAGGUGGUAAUUACAAAUCAGAUAAUGGGUUUAAAUCUGGUUUCUUUAGUGCGGUGGAGCGACAACUCGCAAUAUCUCUUCCCGAAGCUGGCAUAAAAGCAAAGCCACAUAUAGAAUCGCGUGUAAAAACAAUGAAGAGCGAUUGGUCUGCCAUACAUGAUAUGUUGGCAUGGAACAAUACAAGUGGUUUUGGCUAGGAUUACAAUAAUGACAUGCUUGAUGCUCCCCAACCUGUUUGGCAAGCUUAUAUACAGGUGCAUAAAAAUGCUGCAAAAUGGAGAGCAAAGAAAUUCCCUCAUUACUGGGACUUGUGUAAUGUAUUUGGUAAGGAUCGCGCAAAUGGAAGAGAUGCCCAAACAGAUGCGGAUAUUAUAUCUGAUAUAAACCGAGAAGAACCAGAGGCUACUGAAGAAGGAUUAGAUGAUAUUGAUGUUAAUCAACCAAUAAACAUCCCUUCAUAUGAUGCUUCUAGAGAAGAGUCAAGCACACAGCGAAAGAGAAGAAGGCGCAACAGUUGGGAUCCUCUAAUGAACAGUUUGAAAGACUCUGCUGAAAUAAUCGGUGCAGAGAUUAGGGGGCUUCAGAUACUUUUAAUAGAGUUUUUGGAACGGAGAGCAAUAGAGAGGAACUUCGGAACAACCUUUUUGCGGAGAUGA